GGAACAGCAGCAAUUCGAACCAGAAGCGGUUGGAGGUGGAAGUCGACGAAGUUCUGCUUGGGUCGCCGGCCUGCUUAGGUCAUGGCUUUCUGCCGCCCCGUGAUUGGCCCGCCGCCAGGAUUUUGCUUCCUCCGAGCCGCAACAGAAUCCAAACCCGUUCAUCAUCCAUCGCUUCAUUUCCACCAAUCUUUCCCCAUUCCAUCACUACCUUCUCCUCCUCAUUCUCCCCCCCCACUCCACCUCUUCUUCCUAUUCAGGCCCUUUUAAGCCUCCCUUUUCAACUUCACCUUCCUGCCAUCAUGUUCCGCUCCGCUGUCGUCCGCUCCCUCAGGGCCUCCGUUCCUCGUGCCGUCAAGACUCCGGCUCCCUUCCAGAUCCGUAGCUCUCCUGUCGCUCGUCCGGCCCAAUUCGCCCCUCGCUUUGCCUACCAGGGUGUCAGACUCUACUCCGCUCCCGCCGGUCUCAACAAGGAUGAGGUUGAGGGUCGGAUAGUCAACCUUCUGAAGAACUUUGACAAGGUCUCCGAUGCUAGCAAGAUCAACGGUGCCUCUCACUUCGCGAACGACCUCGGUCUGGACAGCUUGGAUACCGUUGAGGUCGUCAUGGCCAUUGAGGAGGAGUUCAGCAUUGAGAUCCCCGACAAGGAGGCCGACUCCAUCCACAGCGGGUAUUGCGACGCCGGAGAACAUAUACUGACCAUCCCUUCUGCUAUAGUUGACAAGGCUGUUGAGUACAUCCUUGGUCAGCCCGAUGCUCACUAAAUAUGAACGUAAUGCGAGGACUCGGAGUGGAUUGGGGGAUUUAGAAUAGAAAGGAAAGGGAAUGCUGGCGUGCAUCUACAUGGGACUUGCCAUAGUGGAGGUACCCGGAGUCGGUCACGCUACUCUGUAUGCUGAUACAUGCCUGUGCUCUUUCACUCUAUUAUAUCGUGUAUAUCAUCUUCAAUGCAGUUUUGACUGAUUUUGGCUGGUCUUUUCGUAUGAAACAUCUUAUUCUUUCUUUAUUGAGUGUUGUUGAAGAAAUAUCUUCAUUUGCUGAGAAAGCAAUACUGAGGG